AUGGAGGCCUCCAACCCAGACAAACCCCGGAUCACCGGCAUCAAUGCCUUUCGUCCCAAGAACCUGCUUGCCUCGUUCCGCAUCAAGAAGGCCAACUUCAAACGUGGAAUUCAGAGCAAGGAGAACUUCAAGCAAUACCUCCGGACCCCAGGUUCGAAUGCGGAUCCCACAGGGUCAUAUUCCUGGAUCAACGAUGACCUCCUUCCAACUCCUCCUGAGGCUCGAACAUGGGCGUGGUGGAACUACUUCUUCUUCUACUUCUCGCUGUCAAUGGACAACUGGACGCUGGGCUCGGUCAUGAUCGGCUGCGGCCUGAAUUGGUGGCAGUCCAUCCUGAUUGUCUUCUUCAGCCAGGUGGUGAGUUCUGUGGCCAUGGCCAUCAACUCGCGGUCUGGAGAAGUCUACCAUGUCGGAUAUCCCAUCAUUUCUCGCGCCGUGUUUGGCACAUGGGGCGCCUACUACGUCGUCUUUGCGCGUGCUGUGUUGGCUAUCGUCUACUACGCUAUCAAGCUGUACAUUGGAUCUUCUUUUGUGGUGAACAUGUUGACAGCCGUAUUUGGCAACUCGUACCGCAACCUACACAACUCCAUCCCGGCAUCCGUGGGCAUGUCCUCAGCCCAAUUCAUCGCCUUCUUCCUCUACUGGCUCAUCCACAUCCCAUUCACCCUUCUCCGACCUUAUCAGUUGCGCUGGGUCUUCACGCUCAAGAUGUGCACGGUCGUGCCGGCCUGCUUUGGCUUGUUCAUCUUCUGCAUGGCCAACACCAAGGGUAACAUCGGCGGAGGCAUCCCUGGGGCUCCAGCUUCGACAUCGACCAGCUUCGCCUGGUUCGUGGUUUACGCCUUCAACAGCGGUCUGGGCAAUACUGCCAACAUCAUCACGAACCAACCCGAUUUCAGCCGUUGGGCCAAAUACAAGUACGCCUCGGUCUGGCCGCAGCUGAUCGCCAACCCGAUCAGCGUGACCAUCUCGGCCUCGCUGGGCAUCCUGGCGACGUCGGCCAUCAACCACUCGUGGGGUCUCGAGCUGUGGAAUCCGUGGGAUUUGUUGGAUGCCAUUAUGCAGCGAUACGACACUUCGGCGGUCCGGUUUGCCGUGUUUUUGUGCGCCAGCUUCUGGGCCUUGUUGAUCCUGGGCACGAAUAUCGCGGCCAACAUGAUUCCCUUUGGCGCGGACAGCACAUUGCUUCUGCCGCGGUACAUCAACAUGACUCGCGGGCAGUUCUUGGGGCUGUGCCUGGCCUGGGCUGUUAAUCCAUGGCAAAUUCUUCGAUCGGCAACAGUCUUCCUCAACUUCCUCGGUGGCUACAUCAUCUUCAUGGCCUCGGCCGUCGGCAUCAUGAUCGCCGACUACUUCAUCAUGACCAAGGGCAACAUCUUCCUGCAGCACCUGUACGACGGCAACCGCACCAACCCGCACUACUACUACCACCGCGGCUGGAACAUUCAGGCGUAUAUCGCGUACAUUGUCGGCGUGGUCAUCCCCUUUCCCGGAUUCUGCGGUUCCCUGGGCGCCAAUGUCUCCGAGACGGCCAUGAACAUCGGCCAUCUGGGCUGGUGUCUGUCGUUUGUCGUGUCCAUCGCCGUCUACGUGCCCCUGUGCUAUUUCUGGCCGACCAAGAACCAGAAGCUGAUCAAGCAGAUGGGGCUCAAGUUCGAAGAGACUGCGCAAGAAGAGUUCAAACCGGCAGAUCUCCCCAACUUCAGUUCGGCGAUCAUUCACGGGCGCGAGGUCGUGCAUGGGGAGGCCGCGGAUGUCGAGUCGGCGACGGAGAAGGACGUCGGACAGAGUACCGUCGUGGCGUCCAAAUUGGAAUGA